CCUCAAUGUUCAAUGCUGCCCACUUCAUGUUAGUCUAUCGCAAGUCUUCAACCCUUACAUCCCGCCAACCCCUCCCCUCUAUUCUCUCUCUCCUGUUACAUUGCAUUCCCAAUCCUCCAGAUUUCAGUCGCAUCUUCAGGUCCUUUCGUCAUUUCCCUCGUUUCUUUUCUGCUCACUAGGUUUCUCAUUUUUUCCCCUCUCCCGUGCUCCUCCAUCCUCGUUUCUAUUCGGAUUAUGUGACUCAGCACCCCUUCAUCACUCCUGGAUCAUAUUGGACUAUGGAGAUGCAGGGAGAGCGGCGACUUACUCGUCGAUUCCACGAAUUACAAUCCAAAGGCCCCCAGGCUCAUUCUCCCGCCUUCUCGCUCGCCUUCAAGGCCACCGCGCAGCCUUCUCUGCAAUCAGCGCCUGGCUCCUUGGCAGAGCAAGCCGCGCAGAUGGAGCAAUUCGGAGGCUUUGCCCGAAAGACGACCGAGGAGCUCUUCAUCCAGAGCUUUUUCGAGAGCAGUACAAAGUCCUCGCCUCCCGCUUUGACGUCCGCUGAAAACUUGGGCCCGUCGCCUGUCACAGACCCUAACAAAUAUGCUAGGGGAGACAGCGAGGAGCUCUUCUCUUCCUGGAUUAACUCUGCUGGUAGUACUCUAAACCAGAAUACUGAAACCAAUACUGGCGCCACAACUCCUGGUCGUUCACAACGCGCCCGGCCAGUACCUCGCAGAGUGUCUGGCGAGCUGGCAGCAAUUCUUAAGCAGCAGAACAAUUUCAAUAACAACUUUACCAUUGGUAGCAUUGACCUCUUUCAGCGAGUUGAUGGUGUGAAAGAUGUUUACGCGCAGCCUAAAUCUUUUCCUAACCCUGAUAAUUCUCUGGAGGCCACCAUGAAGUCUAGACUCAGUAAUGGUUCAAGUAAGCAAUCUCGCUCGGCACCAGAUUUAUUUCAGUCGAAGGUAGCACAGAAAAUGUGGUUCGAUUCACAGGCGCCUGUAACACGCAGUCGCUCUUCAGAACUGAGGCGUAGAUUUGUAGAGUCGGGAACCGCCGUAGUUCCACGAACCAACUUGGCUACAAUACCUGUCUCUUACAAGGAGCCCAGCACUGUUGCUACAGAAGACGGGUGGACAGCUGCUACCCAUGCACUUGCACCUAUCCCGACAUCGGAUCCCUCUUCCUCUCAACCUCCCCCAGUCAGUACUUCAGUGUCAGAUUAUGUCGGCAUGCUCAAGGGUAGUUUAAAUAGAGCAAAGCUAAGACUGGGUUUCCAACCUGAAAACCAUGUUAGAGUUUCUGAAGAUAUGAAAGGAAAGAAAGCACAAAAUCAGGGUAUGAGUGACUUUAUGAUCUCACCACCAGGCAUACUGGACUCUUCGAGCAUCGGUAUGAAGCAGAUCAACUCUGGUUCAAAGUGGCCUCAUACUACAGUGGAAAGGCAUGUGCAUAUGAACACGGACAAUAUUAAUUCAAGGCCAACAGAUGAGAGCUAUGUUCAGCAGAGUGUUCAAGUGCCAAAAAUUAGUGACUCAUCCGGCGGAACACCAAAUUUAAGAUUGGAGAUUUCGAAUGAAAUACCUUGUACUUCAGGGCAGACUAAUAUGAUGGGGCGAAGCAAGAGCUUGAAACGGGCGAAUGCUGAAAGAGAUCAUAAUUUGGCAGAACCCUUCUCCAUGUCAGACCUAGGGGGAUUGGAGUUUCAAGGUUCAGUUAAGAACCAAGAACCCCUACCGAAGGUGCCGGAUAGUUUACGAGGGAUGGGGUCCAUCAAUUCUGCAGCCAUAUCUGGGGCAAGCUUGGAUAGCAUAGACGUUGCUACCAAAAAACGUCGAGUAGAUCGACAUCGCAAAAUGACAGAGGCCAAGGGUAGAGGAUUCACAUCUGUUGCUGGACCUCCUGAUCUGCAAGCUGCUGUGAAGCGACUUGAUGAGUUGGAAAAGGAUGUUCGGUCCCUGCGAAUGACUCUAUCGUUUAUGAACAGGAAGGAUUCCGAGCAAACAAAACAUAUAGAAGAGCUUGAGAAAAAAAACAAGGAGCUGGAGAGAGAAAACAAGGAUCUCAAAAGAUAUAAGUUGAGCAUGCAGGGAUGUGAUGUGCAGAUGUAAUGUUGCAUAGACUGUCAGUGAGCAUUAUUGUUCAUAUUAUGUAUAAAUGGUCUAGGAAGCAGAUGAAAAGACAAUUUUGUUUACCCCAUUGACAAAUUUGCAGAUAGACUGAUGUAUGCCAACAUGCGCCUCGACAAAGGUGUUGAAGUGAGCCAUGAGAAAGAACUAGGAUCUUCCCUUAGCUCUUGGCAAUAUUUCGAUCACUGGGCUGAACUUUGCAAGUAUCUUACCCCACAAUUUCUAUUUGAGAGA